AUGACGUCCGUCCCAACAACUCUCGACGCUACUCACUUUGACGCACACACUGCACCCAUCAGCUCCAGCAAGAGGUCCAAGUCACAGCUUAGCUCCUCCCCCUCGUCCCUCUCCUCUUUCCUCAAGAAGGGCUCCCCUAUCGUUGCCAUCUCUCCACCUGCUCCGUCCACCCACGACAUGUCCACUGCCGCCACCGACCUCAACGCGCACCGUCGUGACUGGUCCGGAUAUUCGUCCAGCCCUGACAGCUCGCCAGACGUCGAGUCGGCAGCGCCAAGCCUCACCACUGGCUCCACCUCUGCAUCCGUAGAAAGUCUCGAGUCAGUACAGGAUGCGCACCAGCGCAGUCUCACUGCUCGAUUUAACGCGGGAAAGGGUGAGGCUCCUUAUGGCGCCCUGAACGGAUUGACGUACAAUGCAGCUUCCAUGCAGCCUCCCACCAGCUUCGACAGCAGCCAGGAUGGCGCCAAGCUCAUCCACUCCGAAUUUGGCUACUGUGCCAACCCGGACUACCGCUACACUUCGGAACACCGCCGCGGAGACUCGCUCCCGAAUCCUGUUGAGGAGGAACCCAGCUAUUUCACCGUGCUCACCACGUACAUCAGCUACAUCAUCCUUAUCCUCAUCGGUCACAUGCGGGAUUUCACCGGAAAGCGCCUCUUCCCCAAGAGCUAUCACCACCUGGUAGAACGCGACGGCUACGCGGCUCUCAAUUCGGACUUCGACAGCUUCUACACUCGUCGUCUCAAGGCACGAAUGGACGACUGCUUCAGCCGACCCGUCACCGGCGUCUGCGGCAGGACCGUGGUUUGCCUGGACCGUGUGGCUCUCGAUUACUACCAGACUUUCCGUCUGACGGGCGAAAAGACACGUGCUCUCAACAUCAGCGCCUACAACUACCUCGGCUUUGCUCAGUCUCACGGUGGAUGCGCCGAUGCAGUCGAGACGUGUCUGCGCAAGUACGGUGUCAGCAGUUACGGCAGUCGUCUUGGUGCCGGCCACCUCGAUCUGCAGACCCAGACCGAGAAGCUCGUUGCCAAAUUUGUCGGCAAGGAAGACGCUGUUGUUAUCAGCAUGGGCUUUGCUACCAACAGUACUACCAUCCCCGCCAUCGCCGGUCCCGGAACCCUCAUCAUCUCGGACGAAUACAAUCACAGCUCGAUCCGAUUCGGUGCGCGUCUCAGUGGCGCGCACAUCCGUCAGUACAAGCACAACAACAUGAAGAAGCUCGAGUCGCUGCUCCGCGAGUGCAUCAGCCAGGGCAUGCCCCGCACGCACCGCCCAUGGAAGAAGAUCCUCCUCAUCGUCGAGGGUCUCUAUUCGAUGGAGGGCACCUUGGUCAACUUGCCGGAAGUGAUGCGUCUCAAGGAGAAGUACAAGUUCCACCUGUACAUCGACGAGGCUCACUCGAUUGGUGCAAUCGGCCCUCACGGUCGAGGUGUUUGCGACUACUUUGGCGUUGACCCUGCCAAGGUCGAGAUUCUCAUGGGUACCUUUACCAAGUCGUUCGGUGCAGCUGGUGGCUACAUUGCCGCCGACCGUACCAUCACCGACCGCAUUCGAUUGACCAACCACGCCAACGUGUACGGUGAGACCCUCUCGCCUCCCGUCCUCACGCAGAUUGUCGCCUCCAUGGCAUCGAUCAUGGGCGUCGGACGGGAUCCGGAAGAGCUCGCCCUCCUGCCGAGCUGGGUCCAGCUUCCUCGCAACCUCCUCGAUGGUUCUGAAGGUCGCGAGCGAUUGCGACGACUCGCCUUCAACGCGCGCUACCUCAGCAGUGGUCUUCGCAAGCUCGGCUUCAUCGUCUACGGCCACCGCGACUCGCCCAUUGUUCCUCUUCUCAUCUUCCACCCGGCAAAGAUGUCGCUCUUCUCGCGCAUGAUGCUGGACCGCUCUGCUGUGUUGCCGCCUUCACAACGGUUCGCGGUGGAGGAGUCGGACAUGUCGGCGGAAGAGCGCAAGCAGAUCGAGGACCCUGCGUCGCCGGCGAACAUCGAUCGCCCCGCCCGACCGCCCAUCGUGGUCGUCGUGGUGGCCUAUCCCGCAACGCCCCUGAUCAGCUCGCGCGUCAGGUUCUGCGUCAGCGCCAGUCACACCAAGAAGGACAUCGACGACGUUCUCCGCGCGUGCGACGAGGUGGGAUCCUUGCUCCAUCUCAAGUACGGUUCCGGUGGUCCCGGUGGCAGAUGGGGCGUCGAGAAGGUCAUUGAAAGAUGCCUGGAUCUGGUCCACUGGAACGGCGAUGAUCCUAUCAACUAG